UGUUUUCUACCAGCCCUUCUAGAAGCAUGCUGUGAGGAUGCAGGCGCAGUGAAGAAUUGCCAAAAUACCCACCCUACCUGCAUGGACAAACCGGUUACGGUGGGGAAUAGCCAAACCUCAGUUAUUUAGGGGGCGUCACAUUGACGACUCACAUGGAAGUAAGUGAAGAAGAAACUGCUCCGCUGGUGAACCGGGAGAGGAUGGACAGCCACAGGUCAAGCUCUGGACUUGGGCUGCAAGUCCAUCUGUACUUCAGCCCAGCUCAGAAGGAUGAAAUGACCUUCUGCAUAGCCUCAGGACAGAUAUCUGCGGAGGACAUCUGCACUAUCGCUGCCAAGGAGUGUGGAAUCUUGCCCGUGUACCACAGUUUGUUUGGCUUGGCUUCUGAAGAUCUCUCAUACUGGUUCCCGCCUUGCCAUGUUUUUAAUUUGGAUGAAUACUUAAACCUCACCGUUCACUACCGAGUCAGGUUCUUUUUCUCAGACUGGUUUGGACAGGGAAGCAGGAAAACAUAUCGUUAUGGUCUGCCGAGAAGCCGCAUCAGCGCAGUGCUGGACUACAGCGUCAUCGGUUAUCUGUUUGCACAGUCGCGCAGUGACUUUGUGAAUGGGAAGGCGGAUGUGUCCCCCCCACUCAGCGUUAAGGAGGAGUGCCUGGGUUUGGCCGUGCUGGACCUAUGGCGCCUGGCCGAGGAGCAGAACCAGAGGUGCCUAAAGGACAUCUGCAAGACGAUCAGUUAUAAGUCAUGUCUGCCCGAAAGCCAUCGGCAGAACAUCCAGCAGCUGAGCCGUCUCACUCGCUUCCGGAUACGCAAAACCCUGAAGCACUUCCUCAACAAGCUGGGCCGCUGUCCAGCGGGGGGCCACAGCCUGAAGCUUAAGUACCUGAUGGAGCUGGCGGCUGUGGAGCCCAGGCACGGCACCGAGGGCUUCCAGGUCCGCACCCCAGGCUGCAGCUCGCUGACCACAGAGCCCACUUCCAAGUCUCUGCUAGUCUCUGGGGAGAUGGGCAUCCAGAGCCGAACCCCAGGCACGGACUGGCAAACCUUCUGUGAUUUUCCGGAGAUAACAGAGAUCAGCAUGAAGCAGGCCUACCUUGAUCAGGUCCCGCUGGAGAGCAGAAUUGUCACGGUGACACGACAGGAUGACAGACGCUUGGAGGCGGAGUUUCAGACACUGUCAGAGGCACGGUCAUUUGUUGCUCUGCUUGAUGGCUACUUCAGGCUGACCACAGACUCUAGUCACUAUUUUUGCCAGGAAGUUGCUCCACCCAGCCUGCUCCAUGACAUUGAGUGCCACUGUCACGGACCAAUCACGUCCGAAUUUGCCGUACACAAGCUGAAAAAAUCUGGUCCGAAAAGUGGCAUGUUUCUUCUGCGACGGAGUCCUCAAGACUUUGACAAGUACUUUCUCACUGUCUGUGUUCAGACACCUUUAGGGAUGGAUUAUAAGGACUGUCUGAUUGUGACGGACAAAGGAUUUCGCCUCUCAGGAGUCUCCAGCUCCUUCCCCAGCCUGAAGGCGCUGGUUACAUUCUACCAGGAGAAUGAACUGCUUCUGGCAGAUCUCCCCACCAAGCUGGGAAGGUGCUGUGCACCUCGACCAAAAGAGCUCACAAACAUGAUCAUAUUGCGUAACGGUUCCAAGGCAGAGGAACUGGGCUCUCCUGCCAUGCCGAGACGAAAAGCUAGCAGUGUCCAGUUUCACAUGAUCAAGAAUGAGGACCUGAAACUGGGAGAGAGUCUGGGACAAGGAACUUUCACACGGAUUUUCAAGGGUUACAAAAGUGACGUUCGGGAUGGAGAGAGAAACACAGCGGACGUUCUGAUAAAAGUUCUAGAUAAUGCGCAUCAAAACUGCUGGGAGUCAUUCUUUGAAGCUGCCAGCCUCAUGAGCCAGAUUUCACACAAGCACCUGAUUUUGGUCUAUGGGAUAAGUGUUAAUAGAUCUGAGCACUUAAUGGUGCAGGAGUUUGUGAAGUAUGGAGCCCUGGAUCUGUACCUAAGGAAACACCAGGGAUGUGUUCCAGUCAGCUGGAAGCUGGACAUCGCCAAGCAACUGGCCUGCGUCCUAAACUUCCUGGAAGAAAAAAAGAUCGUCCACGGCCAUAUUUCAGCCAAGAACCUGCUCCUGGCCAGGGAGGGGGAGCCGUCCACUGGCAGCUGCCCCUUCAUCAAGCUGAGUGACCCUGGCGUUAGUGUGACGGUCCUCGAGAGAGACGUGACUCUAGACAGGAUCCCGUGGGUGGCUCCUGAAGUCCUGGAGAUGCAUGAAAAAUUGGGCUUAGAUUCUGACAAAUGGAGCUUUGGGACCACACUGUGGGAGAUCUUCAACGAAGGGAAGCCACCUCUGCAAGGCUGCGACCCCCAGCAGAAACUGCUCUUCUAUGCUAACCAUGAGCAGCUUCCCUCCCCAAAGUGGACAGAGCUGGCCGAUCUGAUUGGCCGCUGCAUGGAUUAUGAGCCUGCUUUGCGUCCUUCUAGCCGUGGAAUAAUCCGGCAGCUGAACAACCUCAUUACUUCAGAUUAUGAGCUUUUAGACCCAGGAGCAAGUGCAGUCUCUGAUAAAGACAGCUUCUGGAGAACAAUGAACAUUUCUUACCAGGAACAGCUUUCCCUGUAUGAGGAACGACAUCUGCGCUACAUCAGCGCCCUUGGAAAGGGCAAUUUUGGCAGCGUCGAGCUGUGUCGCUAUGAUCCUCUGGGAGACAACACAGGGGAGCUGAUUGCGGUGAAAAAACUGCAGCCAAAUAAGCAGUCCAGCAUGGCAGAUUUUCAGAGAGAAAUACAGACCACCAGUUCCUUGCAUUGUGACUACAUUGUGAAGUACCUUGGUAUUUGCUACAGCAUGGGUCGCCUAAAUGUAAGCUUGGUGAUGGAGUAUUUACCCAACGGCAGUCUGAUUUCAUACCUGGAGAAGAACCGGGAAAAUGUUAGCUGCAGAAGGCUACUUCUCUUCGCUUCUCAGAUCUGCAAAGGGAUGGAGUACCUACAGAGCAUGCGUUACGUCCAUCGUGAUCUGGCUGCUAGGAACAUCCUAGUGGCCAGUGAAUCACUAGUGAAAAUUGCAGAUUUUGGGCUCACCAAAAUAAUCCCCUUUGACAAGGACUACUACCGGGUGACAAAACCAGGGGACAGUCCAAUAUUUUGGUAUGCACCAGAAUCAAUCACCGAAUCCAAGUUCUCUCACAAAUCUGAUGUGUGGAGUUUUGGCAUCGUUCUCCAUGAGCUCUUUUCCUAUUGUGAGCACAAUCAGAAUCCCAAAAAGUUAUAUCUGCAGAAGGUUGGAAAGGACAUGCAGAUUGCCUCCAUCUCGAUGCACCUUGUCAGUGUCCUUAAGGACAAAUGGAGACUGCCAGCUCCCCAACACUGUCCACAAAGGGUGCACAGCAUGAUGCUGAAAUGCUGGGCUUUCUGCCCUGAGGAGAGACCGUCCUUCACCAACCUGGCAGAAAUGAUUGACACCUGCAUCCAGGAUGACAGAGAGAGCUCCAAAGGAUGAAAUGCUCUAAUCCACUCCUGACAGCUUAUUGAAAACCUUUUCUACCCAUUUGUAGCAUUUCUGUAAAAUAUCUUUCAUGUAUUAUUUAGUGAUAUUCAGUGAUUUUCAUAUUACAGUGGAAUCCGCUUAUAGUGAUCACGUCUGUCUGAGUGAAAUUGAUCACUAUAAGCAGACGAUUGUUAUAGCAAUUUUUUUUAACAUACAGUACAGCUGUUUCAAACGCUUUUCAAAUUACAGUAUUGCCAAAUUAAAUUACCGAACUAUGUAUAAUUCAAAUACGCUAUAAUACUGUGGCGCCGGCGGCAUCUGCAUGUCCCAGCAUGCCUUGCGAGCGCGUGUAUAUAGCCCAUGUUUGUAUUUUUUAGUGUAGGUACCUAUUACUAAUCCAGCGUCGUCUAUAACUAAUAUAUAUAUAUAUAACUGAAGCUGAUGUUUUGCAAAGCCUAGCUAAGCUCAAAAUAAAUAAAUCACAGGGCCCUGAUGGCAUCUUACCUAUAGUGUUAAAAGAGAUGAGGGAUAUUA